CUAAUUGACGAAAAGCUGACUGAUUUUGAGUGGCAGCCCCAACCUUGGGGCCCUGAUAGGCUCCGUCUCCUCGACGUGCUCACUGAGGAGUUAGAGGAGCUGCAGAAGACUUAUCGUUCUGCCCAAUGCCUAUGGGCUUCCGGAAGUGGAUUCGAUAAUGACAGGCAAGUGGAGAGCCAGAUGUCCUCCUUGGCGUCUCGCUUAGCUGCUACUACUGCUGCAACAGCUGAAAACGCAGUCAAUAGACGACUGUCGUUUAAUAGUUCUUCUCCAGACUGCGGCAGUGGCCAAACCGGCGUAAAGGAAAGGCCGUCUGCUCGCACUUCAACUGCCGACUCCCAACCCGCCUCCUCUGACAGCGCAGUUUACAGCCAACCUAAUUCUUCCGCAUCGCCCGAGCUAAACGACACUCCCCAGUCUCGGCCUGAGAUACCAAACGGUCGGGACUCCGCUGAACUGCAUUUUGUUCGUCUGCUGUCCCGCUACAAUGAGGUCAAGACCCGGGCAUGGGACGCUACCACCAUGAAGGAAUUAGAAUCUCUCAUGCAGCGACUUCUUCAACUCUCCGACCGUUACUCAAUUCAUUCUUCCGUUAUCUCCUCACCCAAGGAUCUCAGAGCAAUGUUUCAGCUAGAUCAGGAAUCUAAUAGACUUUCAGAGCAGCUUGGAAACACACGUUCUGGUGAGAGAACGGUGUUUGUGAACAAAAAUCAUAUUGUGUUUGACCGGGCUUCCUCUUCUAAUGCUGCUGAUAACUCUCUGUCGAGUAAAGUUCGCCUAGCUGAGAACGCAAAGGCAUCUGCCACUGCGCUUACGCCGGACAGUGGCCUCCCUACGCCACCAGCGAGCUGCCUCGGUCAGACCGAGUUCUUCGGCAGUCCAGUACAGUCUCCUGGCGUGAAAACACAACACCAGCGGCAGGCGUCAAUUUGCCGUCGCUGGCCGCCAGACGACGGUCUUUCGAAC